AGAAGAAGUGUCGUCAUCGUCGACUUGCUCGAGCUCGGUCUCUCGCAGCCUCCGCUCAAGCAACGCGUCGCCAUGUAUCUGCAGGGGUACAGCAAUGGCAUUCAGCGCUCACAUCUCACCAACCUUGCUUAUCUCUUCACUUCUAGAGCGUCGUCGAGACCCACCCAUCUCCCUGUUUUGUCCAGGAAUGUUGCAGCGUGGGUAUCAAGUGAUUCGGGAUUGUUAGCUGGAGAAUCGAGGAGCUGCUUGCAAUGGAGAGCACCCAAGGAGCGCCGCUUGGGUUGUGAGAGGUUCAGGAUUUGGCUGAAUUGUGGAGCCAGGCCCGCGUCGCCAUGGCGAGCUUGGAGUACCUCCUCGAGAACGACUGUGGGGGAGGUUGGGGAUGAACAAGCGGAGGUGGGUUGUGAGGAUAAGGAGGGAGGGGUUGGGGUGGAGAAGAAAGAGGCGCCGCAUGUGGCGGUGUUGUUGAAUGAAGUACUGGCUAAGUUCAGGGACCGGAGGAUUCUGUCGUUCGUGGAUUGUACCUUGGGUGCUGCGGGCCAUGCUUCAGCUAUCCUUAGAGAACAUCCAGAGCUCGAAUCAUUUAUAGGAUUCGAUGUGGAUCCCGUAGCACAUAGUGAAGCAAAGCCCCGGCUUCAAGCCAUGGCCUCAUCGGACGUGCAGCUACACCUGGUGCUCACAAACUUUCGGAAUAUUAAGAAAGCAGUCAAUGGUGCGGAUGCAAAAUUGGUACAUGAAGGAGUGAACGGUAUUCUCAUGGACCUAGGCAUGUCCUCUAUGCAGGUGGAUAUGGCGGAGAGAGGUUUCAGCUUUAUGAAAGACGGUCCAGCUGAUAUGCGCAUGGAUCCUUCGGCAAGUUUGACCGCAGAGGAGAUUUUGAACAAGUGGCCUGAAGCUGAGGUGGCUAGGAUUCUUCGUGAUUAUGGCGAGGAGAAAAGGUGGAAGCAUCUGGCACGUAAGAUUGUGGACAAGAGACUGGCGGGUGGUAUACAUUCAACGUCAGAGCUGGUGAAAGUUAUCGGAGGCAACACUUUCGGACGUCCGGGGAAGGGUAAGGCUGUGCAUCCAGCAACGCGUACGUUUCAGGCCCUCCGAAUUGCAGUUAAUGAUGAGCUCAGGACCCUUGAGACAGCUCUGGCAGAUGCUUUCGACCUCCUCGCACCCAAAGGUCGUUUGGCUGUCAUUUCUUUUCACAGUUUGGAGGACCGCAUUGUGAAGCGUUUUUUCUUGAAAGCUGCUGGGAUUGGCCAAGCGGUUGAAGACAAUGAGAUGGGAUCCGAACCCGUGACGGCUCCUGAAUAUCGACAUAUUCCAGGGGAGACGAGACACAGUAGGUACACUAGAAGGAAACAUCUUGACAAGCAAGGCGACGACUUCUCCUUAAGAGACAAAAAUGUGCUGGAAGGUAGUAUAGGCGUGGUGCUCACCAAGCGACCCAUUGUUGCUGAAGCUGAUGAGAUCAACACAAAUCCAAGAAGUAGAAGUGCUAAACUUCGAGUGAUAGAGAAGAUAUAAAUUAGGUGACGCCCUCUUUACCAGUUUUAGCUGUCGUUGUAAUGGAAUUCUUACAAAUUUUUAUGUUUCAGUAUGACCUCGGUAUUAAAUUCAGAAUCUUCUCUUUGUGAAGAAGGUGUCGAAUCAUUCCACAUGGUUCUGAUGGUACACUCAUAAAUAGAUCAGGAAUGGCUGGUGUAGAAGAUUUGUGGUCACACACGGAGAAGAUUUCCUACAUUCAGUCUAGUUUUACCUUUGUUUUAGUGCCCCAGUUGCGAUCUCGUACAUGUGUUUUAAAGUGAUCUACCGCCGUGCACUCGGUCAUAUAGACUUUCUGCAUUGGGAGGAAGAAUAUCAUUCUUUAUCCCACUUUGGUUUCUUACUCUAUUACAGGGCUAAUUGAAGUAGUGGUGGGUUAUAGAUGAUUCUAAUAGGAUGAAAAAAUCAUGAUCCGAGAAUGUGGAUGUCGUAUUCAUUGUGCAGCAAAUUGUAGCCAUCGUGACGUCCGGUAAUGGUAAGUGAAAUGCAGGAAGAAAUGUGGGGUUGAAGUGACUUAGAAUCCAACUUUUUUGCAUUUGGAUUGCCCACUUUUGUAAAUCCUCCUUUGAGAGAGUAAUUGCUUUGGCAAGGCGAUGGUGCUAUUGAUAAAAUGGAGAUCUUGUACUUUUCUUCUA